AGAGAGAGAGAGAGGCGCUGGCUGGCUUCAGGAAAGCAGGAAGGAGGGAAAUGAAGAUUGUCUGGAGCCACCACCAGUGUGAUGAGAAACAAGACGGUAUCUAGUCAAUGUUGGGAAUUUAGAAGUCAAAAGGAAGGAAGAAGGAAAUUCUUUUAAGAACUUUAACCACUGAUCAGAAAGGAUAAAAGAACAAAAUGUCCAUAUUGCAGCUAAACAUUCCUAUCACUAUGGAGAUGGCGGAGAAAGCAUAUACAUGUACUGAGUGUGGGAAGAGCUUCACUCAGAAUGGAAGUCUAAACAAACAUCAAAGAACACACACUGGAGAGAAACCUUAUACUUGCUUGGAGUGUGGAAAGAGCUUCACCCACAGUGGAAAUCUACAUUCACAUCAGAGAAUCCACACUGGGGAGAAACCCUAUACUUGCCUGGAGUGUGGAAAGAGCUUCACUCACAGUUCAACCCUGCAUAAACAUCAAAGAACCCACACUGGGGAGAAGCCUUAUACCUGCUUGGAGUGCGGAAAGAGCUUCAGCCGCAGUGGAAAUCUGCAAUCACAUCAAAGGACCCACACUGGAGAGAAACCCUAUACAUGCCUGGAGUGUGGAAAGAGUUUCACUGACAUUAGAACACUUCAUAAACAUCAGAGAAUCCACACUGGGGAGAAACCCUAUGUAUGCCUGGAGUGUGGAAAGAGCUUCGCCCACAGUGGAAAUCUAUAUUCACAUCAAAGAAUGCACACUGGGGAGAAACCCUAUACAUGCCUGGAGUGUGGAAAGAGCUUCACCCACAGUGGAAAUCUACAUUCACAUCAAAAAAUGCACACUGGGGAGAAACCUUAUUCAUGUUUGGAGUGCGGAAAGAGCUUCCUCCACAGUGGAAAUCUACAUUCACAUCAAAGAACACACACUGAGGAGAAACCCUAUGUAUGCCUGGAGUGUGGAAAGAGCUUCACUCACAGUGCAACCCUGCAUAAACAUCAAACAACCCACUCUGGGGAGAAGCCUUACACGUGUGUGGAGUGUGGAAAGAGCUACACUGACAGUGGAACUCUUCAUAAUCAUCAAAGGACCCACACUGGGGAGAAACCCUACACAUGCCUGGAGUGUGGAAAGAGCUUUGCUCAAGCAGCACAAUUGCAUUUACACCAGAGAACCCACACUGGAGAAAAACCAUUCUCAUGUCUGGAGUGUGGAAAGAGCUUCAGUCACAGUGGAACUCUAUAUAAACAUCAAAGAGUUCACACUGGGGAGAAACCUUACACCUGCCUGGAGUGUGGAAAGAGCUUCACUGAGAGUGGGAGUCUACAUUCACAUCAAAGAAUUCACACUGGAGAGAAACCCUAUAAGUGUCCAGAGUGUGGAAAGAGCUUCAUGCGGAGGGGAAGUCUACGUCUUCAUCAAAGGACUCACACUGGAGAGAAACCUUAUACAUGUCCGGAGUGUGGAAAAAGCUUCACUGAGAGUGGAAAUUUACACACACAUCAAAAAAAGCACACUGGGGAGAAACCCUAUAAGUGUAUGGAAUGUGGAAAGAGCUUCACCGAGAGUGCAACUCUACAUAAACAUCAUAGAACUCACACUGGGGAGAAACCCUAUGCAUGCCUGGAGUGCGGAAAGAGCUUCGCUCAAACAGCACAGCUGAAUUUUCAUCAGAGAACCCAUACUGGAGAGAAACCAUUCUCGUGUCUGGAGUGUGGAAAGAGCUUCAGUCACAGUGGAACUCUAUAUAAACAUCAAAGAGUUCACACUGGGGAGAAACCCUACACCUGCCUGGAGUGUGGAAAGAGCUUCACUGACAGUAGUACGCUUCAUAAACAUCAUAGAACUCACACUGGGGAGAAACCCUACGCAUGCCUGGAGUGUGGAAAGAGCUUUGCUCAAACAGCACAACUGCAUUUACACCAGAGAACCCACACGGGAGAAAAACCAUUCUCAUGUCUGGAGUGUGGAAAGAGCUUCAGUCUCAGUGGAAGUCUACAGAAACAUCAAAGAAUUCACACUGGGGAGAAACCAUAUACAUGCCUGGAAUGUGGAAAGAGCUUCACUGAGAGUGGGAGUCUACAUACACAUCAAAGAAUUCACACUGGGGAGAAACCCUAUAAGUGUCCGGAGUGUGGAAAGAGCUUCAUGCAGAGUGGAAAUCUACGUUUGCAUCAAAGAACUCACACUGGAGAGAAACCUUAUACAUGUCCGGAGUGUGGAAAAAGCUUCACCGGGAGUGGGAGUCUACAUUUACAUCAAAGAAUUCACACCGGGGAGAAACCCUAUAAAUGUCCAGAGUGUGGAAAGAGCUUCACGCGGAGGGGAGAUCUACAUUCACAUCAAAGAAUUCACACAGGAGAGAAACCAUAUACAUGCCUGGAAUGUGGAAAGAGCUUCACCGAGAGUGGGAGUCUACAUUCACAUCAAAGAACUCACACUGGAGAGAAACCAUAUACAUGUCUGGAAUGUGGAAAGAACUUCACCGAGAGUGGGAGUCUACGUUCACAUCAAAGAAUUCACACUGGAGAGAAACCGUAUACAUGUCCGGAGUGUGGAAAGAGCUUCAUGCGGAGGGAUAGUCUACGUUUGCAUCAAAGAACUCACACUGGAGAGAAACCUUAUUCAUGUCCGGAGUGUGGAAAAAGCUUCACUCAGAGGGGAAAUUUACAUUCACAUCAAAAAACUCACACUGGGGAGAAACCCCAUAAAUGUCUGGAGUGUGGAAAGAGCUUCACUGAGAGUGGAAGUCUACAUAAACAUUAUAGAACUCAUACUGGGGAGGAACCUUAUAAGUGCAUGGGGUGUGGAAAGAGCUUCACUGAGAGUGGAAAUGUGCUCUCUCAUCACAGAACCCACUCUGGGGAGGAACCCUAUCUGUGCCUGGAGUGUGGAAAAAGCUUCAUUAAGAGUGAAAUGCUAUUUCCCAUCAAAGAACCCACACAGGGAGAAUGCUGGUACCUGGCACCAGAGAGAUUCUCUUAAGAUGUACAGAGUAACUCUAGAAAUGUAGGUGAGAGCACAAUGUUGGGAUGUUUUAUCGUAUUUGGUGGUCUUGCAGAAAGGCCCACAAAUCAUGGACUCAAAUACAGAUGGUGCUAGAAGAAAUUGGUAAUGUUACAUUUAC